CCGGGCCAAUAAAAUGAUGCAAAGCUCCGCGCUCGCUGCCGAAGGGGCUGUCAAGGGGCUUCCCGAGAUCCUCGGUGUGCCGGUGCAACAGAUCCCCCAGUGCGCCGGCUGCAACCAGCACAUCCUGGACAAGUUCAUCCUCAAGGUCCUGGACCGGCACUGGCACAGCUCCUGCCUCAAGUGUGCCGACUGCCAGAUGCAGCUGGCCGACCGCUGCUUCUCCCGGGCCGGCAGCGUCUACUGCAAGGAGGAUUUCUUCAAGCGUUUCGGGACCAAAUGCACGGCGUGCCAGCAGGGCAUCCCCCCCACCCAGGUGGUCCGCAAGGCUCAGGACUUCGUGUACCACCUCCACUGCUUCGCCUGCAUCAUCUGCAGCCGGCAGCUGGCCACGGGGGAUGAGUUCUACCUGAUGGAGGACGGGCGGCUGGUCUGCAAGGAGGACUACGAGACUGCCAAGCAGAACGAUGACUCCGAGGCGGGCGCGAAGCGACCCCGGACCACCAUCACAGCCAAGCAGCUGGAAACGCUGAAAAAUGCCUACAAAAACUCCCCCAAGCCCGCCCGGCACGUGCGGGAGCAGCUCUCCUCCGAGACGGGGCUUGACAUGAGGGUGGUGCAGGUGUGGUUCCAGAACCGCCGGGCCAAGGAGAAGCGGCUGAAGAAGGACGCGGGGCGGCACCGCUGGGGGCAGUUCUACAAGAGCGUGAAGCGGAGCCGCGGGGGUGGGAAGCUGGAGAAGGAGAGCUCGGCCGAGGACUGCGGUGUCAGCGACAGCGAGCUCAGCUUCCGCGAAGACCAGAUCCUCUCCGAGCUGGGCCACAACAACAGGGUUUACGGCACCGUGGGGGACGUGGCGGGCGGACAGUUGCUGAACGGCGGCUUCUCCAUGGAGGGGACGGGACAGUCGUACCAGGACUUGCGGGACGGGAGUCCCUACGGCCUCCCCCAGUCGCCGUCGUCCAUCUCCUCCCUGCCGUCCCACCCGCCCUUGCUGAACGGGCUGGACUACGCCAUGGACGGCAGCCUGGGGCUGGUGGCCCACGGGGCGCAGGGGGUGAGUCAGACGCUGCGGGCCAUGGCCGGGGGGGGCCCCACCUCCGACAUCUCCACGGGCAGCAGCGUCGGGUACCCAGACUUUCCCACCAGCCCGGCCUCCUGGCUGGACGACAUGGAUCACCCCCCUUUCUAAGCGCUGCUCGCCCCCCGCCCCGGCCCCCUCGCUCCCCCCCCAGCCAGCAAGCGCAGCACUGAGGGCACCCGCCGGCGGUUGACCUUUCCAGGAUUUCCCAUGGGAAUUGGCCCCGGAGGGCUGCAGGGAGGGGCGGGCAGCACUGGCGGUGGGUAGGGGCGUCUGUGCUCGGGGCGAGGGGCACGGAUGCCUUCGGGUGUAAGCACAAGAGAGGUGUCGGCGCACGGGAUGCACGGCGAGGACCCGGCGCAGGGCUGGGGCACGGCCGUGGUGUGGGACAGCGGGAGGGAAAGAAGGACAAUCAGGGAUGGCAGAGUCCGUCCCGGCACCCGCGCCAGCCCCGCAGUUCCCACACCCCCCGGCCGAGCAUCGCUGCUAUUUUCAAGAGUUAUUUUUCGAUACGGAGUUGAAAUGCAACUCGGCGCUGCCCGGAGCCUCAGCAGAAAGAGAAAUCUAUAUUGUAGAAGGGUUUAUUUUGCCGGGGACGUGUCCGAGCGAGGCCACUGCCCCUCUGCCCGGAGCGAUGCUGCCGGGGAAGAUCCUGCCUGCUCCUGGCCUCGUGGCCGCGGGGCCAUGAUUUAUCCCUGGGCACACAGGAGUGUUUAUGGAGCAUCACUGCGGUUUCACCAUGGUCACGCGAUGGGGAGGAAUUAAAAAACAAUGCCUCUGGCUCGGGAUGCCCACUGGCCAAGCUGGGCUGUGGUGGAGCCAGCAGGGAUGCUUGGGGUUGGCACCUGGAAAGCAGCUGCUGGAAGAGUGGGUGGGAGAGGUGGUCAAUGUUUGCUCUGAGGGUAUUGCAAAAAAUUCCCCCCCAAAGGGGGAAAAAGAGUAUUUUGUCAGCUGCAGAAGCAGCUGCGUGGUGGGGAGUGGAGGGGAUUGGGGUGUGAGAUGUCCCUGGUAUAGGCCACCGAUGUCCUUUGGUGCCGUGGGGCUGAUGGCACCAAGGGUGGGUGCAGGCAUCCAGGGAGGAUUCAGGUGGCUUUGGCACAUCCUGCAAGCCCCAUGGGGUCUGCUCCUGUCCAUGCCCACCCAGUACCAGCCCCUUGCUCAAAACCCAUGUGCCUGUCUCCCCCAGCACAGUCCGCAUCCCCUACCCUCAGACAUUCAGCUCCAUGGAUAAAAUCCAGCUCCACACUCUCUGCCCGGGGUGCCCAGCUCUGUCCCAACCCCACAGGGAUGCCCCAGCCUCCAGAUC